GUGCGGCAGGCGCGCCUCCCCCUUCAGCACUGCGCCUGCGCGCCGCCGUGAGGGAGCCGCCAUGCCGGACGGGAAGGCUGCGUUCCGGGAGGUGCUGCCCAAACAAGGGCAGCUGUCGGUGGAGGACGCCGCCGCCAUGGUGCUGUGCAAGCCCAAGGUGCUGCCCCUCAAGUCGGUGUCGCUGGAGAAGCUGGAGAAGCUGCAGCGGGCGGCGCUGGAGGCGGCGCGGCCGCCCGAGGGGACGCCGCCGGCCCGGCCCUAGCCCGGCCCCGCGGAGAGAUGGAUUGUAUCUGGGCUCCUCCAAGAAUGCAGCUUGGCACGUGUAUCUCAAACAAAAGAGGCUUGAGUUGCUUCCACCCUGAAGAACAGCGUUUCUACUGAAAUAUUUUCUGUUUGGUUCUAAAGAAUUAUGAAACCUUAAGAAUUUAAGCCAAAACAGCACUUCAGAAGGCAAACACGUAGUUGCAAAAAGAUGGCAUGAACUAGGGAAGCUUGCCAGUUCGUUGAAGGAAAAAAAAAAAAAAAAAAAAAAGAGACCCAGUUAAGCAUCCUCUAGCUAAAGAAGAAACAGUUAUCCCCAUUCCCAUACCGGGGGCCAGCCGAUAACAAGAACUCUAUUCACUAAGACUUAACCAGCAGAAAAAGACCGGACAGGAAUUAGCAGAGGCAGCAAAGCAUCCCAGAUGUGCAGUAUGCAGGCUACAAUCCUUCAAAUCACAGGAGACAGCUGUAUAACUGACAAACAAUUUUCACCAUUUGAACCCUCAAGUUAGGCAGCUCAGCAUUUGCCUAGUACUCAACUAUAAUCAUUACAAAUGGAACUUUUAGAAGCUACAAGAGUUCAGCACCUCUGUAUCAAGCCUGAAACAUACACUUAUGAGGGAAAAAUAAUAAGACAUGAUUGGUUAUUAAAAUGUCCCUCUUUGUCAGAGAUUGCUCCUUCAAACUUCUCACUCUGACAUGGAAAACGAUUAUACUUCUUCAUGAAUAAAGCAUUACAGAGAAAGUCCGGGAAAGCACUGCACAAGCUUCAAACCUUUAUAAGGCAAGCCAGUUAAUCCCUCGUGUAUUUCACAGCAUAUUUACAGCAGCUGUCCUGAUGCUAUAUUUACUCAUUAAUCACAUUAAAGCUUUUUCCAAAGACAAAACCUUCUAUAAUCACUUCUUGUUUCAGCUCAUUUUUUUUCCACUCUCAAACAUAAGCUGGACAACAAACCUGACAAACUGAACUCAAAUGUAUUAAUACAUUUUUCAGGCACUUUCAGUAUUUCUUCUCUGAGUCAUUCUGGAUUUUGUUGUUGUCACGGGUUUUAUGGGUUUCUUUUUUAUCAUUAAAAAAUAAGAAGUUAUAGACAACCACAUGAUUUAUCCUGAAGUCCUAAAUUCCUGAUCAUUGUCUUCGGCAUUCAGAAUAGAAAACUGUAGCUAU